AAGAUUGAAUUCAGUCUGAUGCCUUGGGGCCUUGGGAUGUGGAGGCCUUACGGCCUCACGAUGUGUUGUGGUCACCCCAAGGCCUACUGAAUAUUUCCCCUCACACUUAGAUCUCCCUUUCCCCUUUGUAGAUUGAUUCUAGUAUAUCACGAAUCACAGAGUUUUGCCUCAUUCUUCGUGCCCUGACAUAAUCAAUCUACCUCCCCAUAAAAGUUGAGGCUUCAUCCGGAAUCAGAAAAGACAAAUCUGGCUAGACUGAACACAAUCCUCGAGUCCGACGACUCACCCUCGGAGAAUUACCCUACAUUAAGAAGAGAACCCAUGUCUCAUUCAACCUCUCAGGUGGACGACCAUUCCCAGACCUCCGGCAUGUCCCAAACUACGUACCCCCGCCUAGACUCCAAUAGGAGAUACUCCUUACGAAAGGUAGACCUAGGUGGAGGCAACGUUGGCGUCGGAAUUGCUGAACAAACCGUCCCCGGAAGUUAUGAGAGUGAUGGAGAUGGUUCUCAUGAAAACGAUGACGAAAACGAAGGACAGCCUGAUCGCCGACGAUCAUCGAUCCGACGGCCUAUCGCGCUGCCCCCAGCUGAAGCCCUGCACACUUGCCAGACUGUAGAGAACUUCGCCGCUCAGGUGAAGCACGAACCAAAAGCUUGGUUCAACGGAAUGAUUGCUCUUACCGAAGAGGCUGAAGGCAUGGAAAAAGAGCAUAAGAAAAUGAUGAUUAGGAUCGCCGCACUGAAUCAUGAAGCGGCCAAUCUCGAAUCUAAACUGAUUGAAACCGAAGACGAACUGAAAACCACACGAACCAUGCUUAAGGAGAGGACGUUCCUUCCUAAUCGCAUCGAAGCUCUAGAAAAGGAUAUCCAACGAGUCCGCACCAGACGUGAUCAUUGGCGCCUAGUGUCCGAGACAUCCUAGAAGGACUUGAACGCAGCUAAUGAUAAGAUUACUGAGCUGAUGAACCGACUCGAAACCGAACCUAAGCAAUCACACGACGAUGGGCCGUAUGAUUCGGACAGAGACGACCGGUCAGUGAUUAUUGGUGAGGAACGCCGUCGACAAGAAUCCCGUAUCGAAACUCCGGAAUCUAGAGUCACUUGCCAGUCCGUAGCACCUUCGUCGUCUACUCCCGGAUUCUCACGGAGGAGAUACCCUAACCCCCUAGUCUUCACUGGAGA